AUGAGAAAGUUCAAUGCUUGGCCCGUGUUCUUCAAGCGCGAGUGGAAUCGGAACUGGCCUUUCCUCAUCGGCUUCACCAUCACUGGGAUUCUCAUCACCAAGCUGGGUUCUAAUUUUACAGAGGAGGAUGCUAAGAACUUGCCUUUUGUGCAGAGGUACAAGAAGUAG